AUGAUCUUUGUUCCGUUGCUACUAAUUACUCUACCCCUUGCCCUAAUCUUUGUGUGGUACCACAAGAAGCGAAAUUAUUGGAAGAAAUAUCAGAUUCUCAGCGUAGAUGGUUCGGAUCUGCAUAAACUCAAAGAUCGUGAACAUGUUGCCUUCGUUUAUCAACGAAUCUAUAAACGAUUGAGGGAGGAAAAUAAACCCUAUGCCGGAUUCCUAACUCUGUUCACACCCUCUCUGCUGGUGGCGGAUUUGGAUUUACUGAAAUUGAUAUACAUCAGUGAAUUUGAUUCCUUUCCCGAUCGUGGUCUCUAUACGAAUUAUGAUGCCGAUCCAUUGUCCAAGAAUAUGGUGAGAUUGCAUGGUGAUCUGUGGCGUAAGGUGAGAACGAAGCUGACCCCCACCUUUAGUUCGGGGCGCAUGCGUCAAAUGUUUGGCAAUGUGGAGGCCAUUGGUAAGAAUUUCAUCAAGGUCAUGGGUGAGCAGGUGGAGCAGCAGAACCAUGAGGUUGAAAUCAGGGAUUUGUGUGCCCGUUUCACCACUGAUGUAAUUGGUAAUGUGGCCUUUGGCCUGGAGUGUAACAGUCUGAAGGAGCCCCAAACGGAAUUUCGUUUGAAAGGGGAUAAGGCCUUCUAUACUAUACACCCCUUUAUGGAAAUGAUAGCUUCCACAUAUCCCAGAUUUUUCCACCGAUUGGGUUAUAAGGUCUUCACAAACGAAUUGAUAGAUUUUUAUUCUCGCAUUGUCCGUGAGACAGUGGAAUAUCGUGAACGCAAUCAAGUGAAACGUAAUGAUUUUUUGGAUAUCUUGAUUGAGUUGAAAAAUAGUCCCCAGGAGGAGCAGGGGGAAUAUCAAUUGGAUAUGGGCGAUUUGAUAGCCCAGGCAUUUGUGUUCUUUAUUGGUGGCUUUGAGACCUCAUCGAGUACCAUGUCCUUUGCUUUAUACGAAUUGGCUAAGAAUCCUCAGGUGCAGGAAAAGGCACGACAGGAUGUGAUGGAUGUUUUGCAAAAAUAUCAAGGGGUUUUUAACUAUGAAAGUCUCAAUGAAAUGGGCUAUAUAAGGCAGGUGGUGCAGGAGACCCUGCGCAAACACCCAGUGGCUCCUUCGGGUAGACGUGUUUGCCGUCGUCACUUUACCUUUCCCGAUGGCCUCACCAUUGAACCCGAUGUACACAUUAUGAUCCCAGUCUAUGGUAUACAUCAUGAUCCCGAGUUGUAUCCCCAGCCGGAAAUCUUUCGGCCGGAAAGAUUCUCCCCCGAAGAGCGCAGCCGACGUCAUCCUAUGGCAUAUUUGCCAUUUGGUGCUGGGCCACGAACCUGUAUUGCUGAACGUUUCGGUAUGAUGCAAACAAUGAUGGGCCUGGCAUUGCUACUGAAGAAUUUCAAAUUUUCGGUAUGCGAAAGGACACCGAAACGUUUAAAUUUUGACCCAUUCAAUGUUCGUGUCUUCAAUAGUAAAGAUGGUAUAUAUUUGAAUAUUGAACAGGUGUAA